AUGGCAGCUCCCGUGAGCGGUAUGGGCGAAGCCCCAGCUGAACGUUUACCGGUUAAUAGUACGAGUUUCCAGAAGAAAACGAGGAGUAAACUGGUCUCCAUCCCCGGAACGAGACCUUCGGUCCAGAAUGGACAGCUUUUGGUUUCCACCGGAGUCACUUCGUUGGACUAUCUGCUCGGUGGUGGAUUAGCAGUUGGCACAGUGCUUCUCAUUGAGGAGGACCGAUACGACAGCUACUCCCGCAUGAUCUUGAAAUACUUCCUGGCAGAAGGAGUGGUGUGUCGACAUGAACUUUUCGUGGCAACGGCUCAAGAUAACCCCGAUGACAUCCUACAGGAGCUUCCGGCCCCCAUCUUGGAUGAUGUUGCCGUUCCCAAAGCCGUGGAGCAGCCCAGGCUGACCGGGGAACCUCAGGACAGUCUGGAUGCCAUGAAGAUCGCCUGGCGCUAUCAGCAUCUUCCAAAAGUGCAGAGUGCUUUGGCGUCUUCCUCUCGAUUCGGACACUACUACGACGUCUCGAAGACGAUGGAGGCGGAGAUUCGCCAAGCAGCCAAGUGCCACCGCUUCUGCCUCCCAGAUCACGUCACGCCGUCAUCAACGGCGCACAGGCUUGAGUCCUACUCUGCCUUGCUGGAGUCACUGCAAGAGGUCAUACACAGAGAGGGCUUUGAUUUGGCGGCUCCCAUGUCAAAGUCACGUAACAUCCUGCGUGUGGGCCUUCACUCUCUGGGCUCAGCUCUGUGGGGCGACGACCUGUGUUGCCAUGACAAACCCAGACACCGCCACGCCCUGACCACCUUUCUGUACGGACUCCGUGCGUUGCUGAGGUCCUCACUGUCGGUUGCUGUAGUAACCUUACCCUCUCACCUCAUCCAGGACAGAGCUCUAAUGGGCAGCAUAACCCGGCUGUGCGACAAUGCCAUCGCCCUGGAAUCAUUCAAAGGCUCUGAGAGAGAGACCAACCCUCUUUACAAAGACUACCACGGCCUGCUGUAUGUACGCCAGGUACCUCACCUGAACUGUCUGGCGAGCCAACUCCCUGACCACAAGGACCUGGCCUUUAAGCUCAAGAGGAAACAGUUUAGUAUUGAGCGGCUGCAUUUGCCUCCGGAUUUGUCCGAGACGGUGAGUCGCGUCAGCAGGGGGGAGCUCGCUUCUGCCUGUGGCCCCAGCGCUUCCGGCACCAAAAACCUGGACUUCUGACAGGAAGCCUAAAGCCUGGAACGCUGUGGCCGUUGCCCUCUUUGCCGCGGCGACCGGGGCAUCGCCUGGUUUAGGGCGAUGUCAGCUGCGAUGAAGCAGCCAGCUGUUGCCACCUGACCACCAGCCCUGCCAGGAGUGAAGCUCUAAAGCCCCAUCAAACACCUCUGCUCGCAACAAAAGCAUUUAUUGUCUGCAUUUAAUUAUUUUGAUGCAAGUAUAUUAAAUUGUCAUUUUGUUCUGUUUACACGAUGACUAGUAAUGUUCCCAAGAUGUCAUAGAAAGUUGCUUUACAAAAUACGUUUCUUUGUGGUUUUUUUGCCCGUUACCCACGCAAAAAAAGUACAUUUGUUAACCUAGUUAGAUUCCAGGUUUGAGAACUAUUUCAGAUUCGCUGCGUUUAGUCUCCUUUCUGUUUGUCUGGGCCUCCAAUGUGAUCAUGAAAUAUUUUACAGCCUUCACAUAUUCUCCGUCUCGGGAUGCAUUGAAUAAUUUAGCCCUGUUCUUGGCUUUUCUUUUACAAACAAGAGGCAUCUGCUGCGCCGCUCCGCCAUUUACAUCGUUCCGCAAAUACAAUUUGCGAUCCGGGACAUCGCAGUGUGGCCCUUGUGAAAUUAAUUAAAGAAGAGAACAACUGUACAAAACCCAACACGUCCUCUUUACCGGGAUUUCUAGUUCAGCUCGGAGGAGCGUCCUGAACGGCGGCUCUCCGGUCUGCCUGACUGGUUUCAGGUUUACAUAGAAAAGCCCCGGCGUGAUGCACGGAGAGCGCGCUGGUGAGUGGCAUCUGCGUCUGCUCGGCAGGGGAAAAAAGAGGACAGUAGUGCGGGCAGAGGGUAUAAGAAAGGCAGGAUCUGGCCGUGGGCUUCACACCUCAUCAGCUGGGUUUGCUGGAGGAGCUGCUUUGUGAUGACAAGCUCAAAAGAAUAAACCAGGUCAAACGGUGACAUGGAGUAAAUGUUAAAAAGAAAAAGAAUCAACGUGAAAAAUGUCUCGUUUUUGUUUUCUUCUGUCGGGAGCUGAUGCCGCUUUGAAUGUUUUCUUUUUUUUUUUUUUUCUGUUGAAACUUGGCAGGAUUGGUGAACAUUGGCAGCAUGCGUUCAGAGUGGGUUGUGGGAGACACGAGAAACUUUUUUAGGCGAAAAAAAAACCCCGUGUUGUCAAGAAAAAGAAAAUCUGCUCUCCAACUUUCUGAUAUUUCGGCACCGACAUAUGUAGGAUACAGGUUUAAUGUGGAUUAAAGGGAAAUAGAUUCAUUUUGCCAUGUUUUCAUGUUGCCAAAGGAGAGAGAGAGAGGUCUGUUUUUAUUCCACUGUUUGACCGCAAAAAGGUUCAGAGCUGCUGUGACACUCAUUUGUUUGUUUUUCAACCAUGAAUAUUAAAAAUGUGCAUUAUCUCAGCUGAUGGCAGUUUGGCCGUUACGCCAAUGAUUGUCUGGCACCACUGGGGUUUAUGA